AUCUCAUUUAAUCAAAAACUAUUCGGGGGACAUUAUCUUUGCAUAUGUCUGGGGAUAGUAACUACUUGACAGGCAUCAUCUCUGCAUAUGUCUGGAGCAGUGGCGAUUUCAGGUUAAAUGAGUGAAUGCCAGAACUUCUAGAAAUAAAGACUACUAAUUACUGGCCUAUGUAGGACUUCAAGAACUCACUCUUAGAUUCGCCAUAUCAUGCAGGCCAGAUCUGUGUUGCUCUUUUCUAUCUGGUUGGUGGUUAAGCCAAUAGCAUCAACAACCAUCGAAAACUAUACUGGUAUGCAAUAGUCUCUGCUUUAUCAUUAGUGAGAAUAGUAAUUCAAAACUUUGAAAUAAUCAAGCUGAUGAUUGAUAUUGCCAAAGAGGACGAUUUGAUUUUCCUUUCUUCUACCUUGACUCCUAAUACAACUUAUCGAGAAGAUUCACCAUUGUCGGUAAGCUCAUGUUCGAUAUUAUCACUGUCAUCUCAAAAUUGGGAAACCGAGGAGAGAAAAAUCAGAAUACUGCAAAAAAUUGAUGCUGCUAUUACUGAUUUUACUGAAAACAAUGAAUAUGUAUCUUAUUCUUUGAUGUAG